UCUGGGUUUUCUUGCAAUAGAGGAUUAUCAUGCAAUUAUUUACUCUUUCUAUAAAAACUUCUCCAUUCGCUUAAAAACUCUUCAUUCCAACUGCCUCUCGUAGCUUCUUCGUAUCAAACCGAGAAUGAAACUUUUACCAGCAAAGACACUUCCCGACCUGUUCGUUCCAUCCCAAUGUCUUUUUGUCUUCUUCGUCGUCCUCGCUUUCGUCUCUCCUUUCGAUUCCACUGCUUUUUCUUCUUCUUCGCCUAAGAAAGAAGUUGGAGAAGAAGGAAUGGAAGCAGUGGCUCUCUUGGCAUGGAAAGCUAGCCUUGACAACCAAAGCCAAUCUCUCCUGUCCUCAUGGGUUGUCGGAAGCAACCACUGCAAAUGGAUUGGAAUUGGUUGCAAAAAGGCUGGCAGAGUCAUCACUCAUAUUGACCUUGAGAGUUAUGGAUUGAGAGGAAACAAACUAAGUGGCUCAAUCCCUCAGGAGUUAGGGGGUUGCAUGAAGCUAUUGAACUUGAGCUUAAGCAAUAAUAAACUUGGGGAAAACAUUCCUUUGGAACUAGGUCAAAUCCAUGGACUUCAAAGUCUUGAUCUAGGGGAUAACUUGCUAAUUGGUACGAUACCACAACAGAUUGGAGCACAACAAAGGUUAGAAAUGCUAAAUCUCUCCCACAAUGAGCUCUCCGGAUCCAUACCAUCUUCUUUUGUUAAUCUGAUAAGUUUGACAUCAGUUGAUGUAUCCUACAAUCAUCUAGAGGGUCCUCUUCCUCAUAUUAGAGCUUUCCAAGAGGCUCCAUUUGAGGCACUUAGAGGUAAUGAAGGUUUAUGUGGUAAUGCUACUGGUUUGAAGGCCUGUGAGCUUGACGGGGUUCCAAGAAAGAAGGAAAAGAAGUUGGUGAUACUAAUUGUACUUCCUACUUUUGGAUUUCUAGUUCUUUCCCUCAUGGUUCUCGGAUUUUGCUUGUGUUUUAGUAAGAAAAUGAAGAGCACAACAAAUGAGCCAAGAGAAGUACAUAAUGAAGAUUUGUUUUCAAUAUGGAGUUAUGAUGGGAAAAUGAUGUAUGAAACCAUCAUUGAUGCGACGAAGAACUUCAGUGCCAAAUAUUGCAUUGGGGAAGGAGGAUGUGGUACUGUUUAUAGAGCUGCCCUGCCAAAUGGUCAAAUAGUUGCUGUGAAGAAACUUCACUCAUCAUCUGAUGGUAACUCUGUUAAUCAAAAGAGCUUUUCGAGUGAGAUCAGUACAUUAACAGCGAUAAAGCACCAUAACAUCGUAAAGCUUUAUGGGUUCUGUUCACAUCCAAGACACUUGUUUUUGGUUUACGAGUUCUUGCAAGGUGGGAGCUUGCAAAAGGUAUUGGCCUCAAAGGAAGAAGCAGUAGAGUUUGAUUGGAACAAGAGACUCGAUGUCGUUAAAGGUUUGGCAGAUGCUUUGUCUUAUAUGCACCAUGAUUGUUCCCCUCCAAUCAUCCAUCGCGACAUGUCAAGCAAAAAUGUUUUGCUCGACUCUGAGUACGUGGCUCACAUCUCUGAUUUUGGGACAGCUAGAUUUAUGAAACCUGACUCUACAAAUUGGACUUCAUUAGCAGGAACCUUUGGAUACACUGCUCCUGAACUUGCAUAUACAAUGGAAGUGAAUGAGAAAUGCGACGUUUACAGCUUUGGGGUGCUGACACUAGAAGUGAUUAUGGGGGAGCAUCCGGGUGAUUUCAUCUCGUCUCUAUCAUCAUCUUCGUCGUUGUCGUCAUCAUCAAAAACUGGACAUGGGAUUUUAUUCAAGGAUGUGUUGGACCAACACCUGUUGCCUCCUACAAAUCAAAUGGCAGAACAAAUAGUGGUUGCUGCAAAAGUAGCAUUUGCAUGUUUGAAUGCUAGACCGCUUUCUCGACCAACGAUGCAGCAAGUUGCUAGGACGAUGUCAAAUCCAAGGCCAUCUUUGCAAAAUCAGUUACACAUGAUUACAUUGGGAGAACUCGUUGGUGCCAACAGCUUCACUUCUUGAGUUUCCUUGGACUUAAGCUCUUGUGAGUUUUUGCUAUGACUGUACAAUUUCACUUUUCUUUUGUCGGCUUUCUUCUUCUUUUUAUUUUUUUGCUUUGUUGAUAUUGAAUAGACAUGAUAUGAUGUAAAAUAGACCAUGUUUGUUGAAAAAAUAAUUGUCAUGGAGAUGAAAAGAAAUACAAGUUCUUUGUGGUUCUAAAAUCAACUAUUACGGUCAAAUAGCCAAUUAUUUUGGGGUGAAGAUUUAAAUGAUAUGAAAUGAAGGGGUGAUUUUUCCCAGUAUAUACAGUAGAUCAAUAUACCAAAGAAAUACAGUGUCAGUGUUUCAAAUCAAAACUUUUCUUAGCAUCCGCUUAACACCAAAAUAUACAGUGUCAGUGUUUCAAAUGUAAUACUAGAUUUUACAUUUUACAGUGGUGUUUUACAGUUUUUUUUCCCUUUGUUUGUGUAGCUUUUUUGUAAGAAACUGGUGAACACAGAGAGUGAGCCAAGUCCAAUUAACAGUGAUAAUUUGUUUGCAAUGUGAAGCUAUUACGGAAAAUAGUGUAUGAAAACAUCAUUGAAGGAACUUGAAACAUCUGUGCCAAACAGUGUUGGGGAGAGGUGGAGUACUGUCUAUAGAGUUGCCCUACGUACAUAAUGGUCCCAUGGUUGCUGGGAAGAAACUUAAUGUGUCAUCGGAUGGAGUCUUUUAGGAUUUGCUAGUGAGAUCGGUACAUUAACAAAGAUACAACCUGAAAAUAUUAUAAAGCUUUAUGGAUUUUGUUCACAUGUGAUGUGAGGCACUCGUUUUGAAUGGAGGAAGCUUGGGACAUAUACUCAGCUUGGAGGAAGAAGCAGUAGAGUCGUUAUAUUUGAUUAGGAGAAUGGAUGUUGUUGAAGGUGGCAAAUGUUGUCUUACAUGCACUGCAAUCGUUUUCCUCCAGUCACUCCUUGAGACUUGUCAAGCAAGAAUGUUUUGAUCGAUUCAAAGUACGUAGCUCACAUCUCUGAUUGCGGCACUGCAAAAGUCAUGAAGAGUGACUCAUCUAAUUGGACUUCAAUUGCAGGGACUUUUGGAUACGCUGCUCCACGUAGGUACUUUUGCUGCCUCUAUAUUUGAACUCCCUAUCUCAUUCAGUGCUAAUCUUAACUAAACAAUAAUGCAUCUGGUAAGCUUCAAAUCUCUAUACAUAGCCACGAAGUCUCUUGAACAGUGAUCAUUCCUGAUGAGGAGUCUUGCUCAUUUUGUCAUCUGGCAAUGAGCAAAGUAUCUUGUUAGGGAUUUGAUUUUGAUGAUGAUGUUUUGUUGGAAUAAUUUUCAAAAGAUGAUGUAAUUUGUGAUGAUUUAUGAAUGUAUAAUAUUUCUUAGCCACGUGUAUUUAGAAGUAUAGUUCACAGACUGAAUCUCAUGUCUAAGUUCUGGACCUCUAUCUCAUGGCUUUGUACAUCCAGUUGCAAAGUCCAAGUUCUGGACUUCAGUUCUGGAUUUCAUGGUGUCAUCCAUUGUUGAAAACCAGAUUACUCUGUUGGAUCUUAAAGUGAAGACCAAUAUCGAGAAUCAGUUUUUACAUUGCUCUGUUUUAUUUCACUUUCUCUCUCAUCUUUAAACAUGGGUCCAUGCCAUAUGUCUUUGAUUUCCAUAAACCUUUUUAUGGGGAUUAUAUUUGCACACCUAUAUUUAUUAUUUCUCACUAUCAAUUUGAAAAAUACCGGCACAAUUUGAAUUACUCGUGUACUUGAUUUGAAAAUCUAUAAGUGGGGAUUUUGCAGUACGUAGUUAGUUGCAAAUAUCCUUUUUGGGCUUUUUCAAAUAUAUGUUCUUGGUUAUGGUGAUUAUGUGCUAAUAUAUUUCCUUCAUAGAUUUGUCACAUGCUUUAUUGACUUUGUAGCUCAAAAGAGAUCAAGACAUUAAUUCUUCUGACCGUUGAGCCGUAUAAGAGAAAGCAUGGAGUAAAUGAGAUGAACGUUGGAACGUUGGUCAUUUACAGUAGAAGACUUUGUGGGUUUUUACUCUUUGUUAUUUAAAGGACAAGUCUUCAUCAGAGAGGUAGCCAGAUUGAUUGAGAAGAAAGAGCCUUGAAAGGAUUCAUUCAUUCGAACACUCAAAGAAUUCAAGUCUGAUAUAUACACUGUAGUUUUAUCCUCUUCAGACUUCAGAGAGAGCUUUCACUGUAGAAUUUUAUACUCUCAUUUGUUUGAGCCUACACUUGUAAAUCACCCUUCCUUAGAAGGAUUGAUCAUCACCACACUUAUCCUACCUUGUGAAAGAGAGAAUCCAAUCCACAAUGUUGCCAGUUAGGAUUUGAGUUUCUUGCUUGAUUUGAGAAGUGUAUGCUCACUAGGUGUGAGUAUGCCAAGAGUUUGAGGAACUGGUCUGUGUGUAUCAAUUGGAAUGGUGAAAUCAGGUCUGCGUGUACCUGAGUUAUGGUCUACGUGUACCACUGAGUCUAUGAAGUGUCAUGGUCUGUGUGUACCAAAAGAAGUAUAUAUUGUGAAGGGGUGUUGGCUCCUAUAAAAUCCAACCCUGUUGUAAGUUCUGAGAACAUGGUGGAUGCCGGUGAUUGUUCAAGGGAAACAAUCACUAAAGAGUGGACUAAGCAAUUAGCCGAACCACUAUAAAAAUCCUCAGUCUCUUCUCAUAUUUAUUUUUUAGUACUUUCAUUUUUUU